AGCACACCAAGACUGUUUGUCCUCUGAAGGACCAAGCCGGAUCUUGGGCCAAGGCUGCAGCUGGAAAGGCAGCAGCCAAAUAUGCGAACGACAACAAGGGCGAGAAAACGCGUCCUAUGGAAGAAGUUAUCAAGGAGGUGUCCGAGAGUUGGGCAAAGUCCUAG